AUGAGAGGUGAAUUUAAUGGUUUGCAAAGAAAGAUUCUAGAUGAAAACCCUUAUGUUUUCUAUGUUCAUUGUUAUGCUCACCGUUUACAAUUGGUUGUUGUGUCUGUUGCUAGUAGUUCCUCAUCUAUUUAUGAUUUCUUUGAGUACAUCUCCUUGAUUGUGACCACAACAAGUGCAUCUUGUAAGAGGAGGGAUGCUUUGGCUGAGGCACAACACCAAGAUAUUUUAAAUAAACUUGAGAGUGGUGAGAUAUCUAGAGGAAGGGGCUCUCACCAAUCAUAUAGUCUCACCAGACCCGAAGAUACUAGAUGGGGUUCACAUCAUUCUACAUUGCUUCGUUUGGAUCAAAUGUGGUCCUCAGUGUUAAAUGUGCUUAGUAUGGUUGAUGAUGAUGGACGUGGACCAUCUCAAGUAGCGGGUUUAAUAGAAAAAACGGAGAGCUUUAAAUUUGCUUUUAUUUUGAAGUUAAUGUUAAAGUUGUUUGGUAUCACAAAUGAGCUUUCAAAUGUCUUGCAAAGAAAGGAUCUUAAUAUUGUGAUUGCCAUGGAAUUAGUUGAUGAUGUCAAAGCUCGGUUGGCCACAAUGAGAGAUAGCGGUUGGGAUAGUUUAUUUACCGAUGUCCAAGAAUUUUGUGUUAUUAGAGGUAUUCCAGUUUUAAAUAUGGAUGACGAAAUACCGGUUCGGGGUCGUUCAAGGGUAGAAGGGAGGACUAUCACUAAUCUUCAUCAUUACCGUGCAGAGAUUUUUUAUGUUGCUAUUGACAAAAUAUAUGUGGAGAUGGAUCACCGCUUUAGUGAAGGAAGUAACAUUAUCCUUGAUUAUUUCUCAUGUCUUAACCCCAAGAACUCUUUCUCCAAGUUUGAUGUUGAUAAGCUUGCUCGACUUGCUGAUAUUUAUCAUACAGACUUUUCUGAUGAUGGUCGUGAAACAAUGAGGGAUCAACUUGAGACUUAUGUUCUUCAAGUGAAAAUAAAUGCUUCAUUUUCCACUUGUGAAGAUGUUCAAAUUUUGGCUAUGAAGAUUGUUCAAAGUGAGAAACAUUUGGUAUUUCUGUUGGUUUACAAACUUAUUGAGUUAGCUUUGAUAUUGCCGGUGUCUACAGCAUCCGUUGAAAGAGUUUUCUCAACAAUGAAGAUUAUCAAGUCUAAAUUGCGCAAUAAGAUCAACGAUGUGUGA